GCGAUUUCUAUUGUUCUGUCCAUCGCGAGUGUUCACGAUCGGUUACCAAUGACAUUUUUAUAUUUUUAAUAAAUCUCAGAUAUGCCGUGGGAUAAAUAAUGAAGAUGGGAACCAGUAGUUGUAGAUAAGAAAAAAAAUAAAAAAAUAUAAGAGAAUUGAAAUAAAUAGAACAAUAAUUCGUUUGAGAAGAAAGUAAGGAAGUUUCGAAAAAGUUUAACACGAAAGUGAAGAUGAGGAAGAUUAUGACAUGGAUGACGUGGGUUGUUCUAAUUAUUUGCGUGGGCAGAGGGCUGGGGCAGACAAUCGCGAGGUGUCCGAAUCAGGCUGACAUUAGACCGUGCUCGUGUUCGGUUAAAAAAAAUGGACUGGAUGUCAUUUGCGAGAGCACGGACCAUGUGCAUAUCACUUCCGCGCUGACGGCGUUAAAAACACAGAACGCGGUUAUUUUUUAUCUUAAAUUGAGACACAACAAUUUGCCUAAGCUACAGGGGUUCAUUUUUCUGGGACUGGUGGUACAGCAUCUGGCGAUUCACAACAGCAGUUUGGCUACGGUUGAAGAGUCUUCGCUUAGUUCGAUUGGAAAAGGACUUACUCAACUAGAUUUAUCACAAAAUUCCCUGGCAGCUGUUCCAUCAUCAGCGCUGACAAACCUCCACGCCCUCAUUAUUCUGAAUUUAAAUAGAAAUAAAAUUCGUGAGUUGCGUAGCAAAUCAUUUGCUGGACUGGACACUCUGGAAAUACUGAGUUUAUAUGAAAAUAAAAUAAGCGUAAUUGAUCCAGAUGCAUUCAAAGGCCUUGACGAUCGGAAAUUAAAACGACUGAAUCUCGGAGGAAAUCUUCUGACAAAUAUACCGACCUCUGCGCUAUCAUCCCUGGAUGUUUUGAAAAAACUCGAGAUGCAGGAAAACAGAAUUUCAACUAUCAAAGAAGGAGACUUUGAAGGAUUAAAAAGUUUGGACUCGCUGGUAUUGGCGCAUAAUCAAAUUCGCCAAGUACCGGCUAGAGUAUUUUCACACUUGACGCAAUUAAACUCUUUGGAACUCGAAGGCAAUAGAAUUACUCAUGUUGAUCCCGAUGCUUUUAUCGGAUUAGAGGAAAAUCUUCAAUAUCUAAGACUGGGAGAAAAUAAUCUGCACGUAAUACCAAGCGAUGCACUUCGACGUCUUCACCGUCUCCGGCACCUGGAUCUUAGAUCUAAUAACAUAACAUAUCUUCCGGAGGACGCUUUUGCAGGAUACGGCGAUUCCAUAUCCUUUCUCAAUCUUCAGAAAAAUUUAAUUAAAAUUUUACCGCCCACAAUAUUUGACAAUUUGAAUUCGCUCCAGUCAUUAAACUUGGGAAAUAACAAACUCACUCACAUUCCCGAAGAAAUAACCGAAGGGAUGAUCGAUACUCUCGUAAUGAUCGACAUCACAGACAAUCCUUUAAUUUGUACAUGUGACCUCCAAUGGUUUCCCUACUGGUUGAAAAAUUUAAAAGGUCAAGACGACGACACAAUGUCGAAAAAACGUACAGUCUGCAUGAUGUUAAAUGAAAGACGUGAGUACGUGCUUCAGAAUUUACCUCUCGAGAAAAUGGGCUGCGUUAGUAAAACUGGUAAAAUAUCAUCAUCUUCAAAUGUUAUUGCGUUUCACUAUCUCCACAUACUGGUACUCCAUUUUGUUAACGUUAUAACCUCAAAAUUACUUCAGUAACAUCACUAAAUAAAUAUAUUUAGUAAUAACAAUAGCUCUGCAACAACAAUUAUAGUUGCAAUUACUAUUUCAACAAAUACUUUAGUAUGCUAUUGAGUUAUUUCUUAAC